AACGGAUCGGAACAAGGGGUGCCUAAAGCAUCAGCGACAGUGAACGGACUUUCAUAAACAUAAACUUAUGUUGUAUACUUUAGUUAACCUUUGCUUUAGUUUCUCUUAGCCGUUUUCGCGAUAUAUCGUUACUGCACGCAUUUGCUUUCAUUUACCUUUAGUUUGUAACUCGCUUUUCGACAACGCUAACCAUGAUUGGUUCGACACGGUCUUUGCAGCAUACCAUACAUUGUAUAAUUUAUACUGGACUGUUUAUCGCUAUUUGGAUAAGGACGUGCAAUGGGAUGCCAGUGGAUAUCUCUAUGGAGCGACUCAGUGAGACUUUUAUACCAUUGGAAUCUUCCGAAUCUUCAGAGCCCUUUGACCCUCUCGAGAUCAACGAUGGCCAACCUCUGGAUGCCAAACUCCGAAUCAUGGCUCUUCUUUCCGAACUUGAAAAAGAAAUGGAAGAGAAGUUUGACAGAAAAAAGAACAAUAACAAGGUAAAUGCAACAGCUUCAACUCUGAGAACAGCUCCGUACAUUUUCGAGGGGGACAUCAUCUUACAACCAAAACAGGCAUUGGAAGUAGUAGAAAUGGGAAAACGCCGACAAAAGAGGAAGUUACACGCUAAUACGGUACUCCUCUGGAAACUUCCUAUCUGGUUUACCUUCCAUCCAGAUGAGUACAAUAAAAUGGAGGAAAACAGCAUCUUGAAAUCCAUCAGUACCUUAGAGGAACUUACAUGCAUCAAAUUCAAAAAGAUAGAUUACCACCUCCUUUUGAACAAGACAUACCAACUGGAAAACCAAAACAACGUGACCAUCAAUUUCACCAAAGACAUGGGCUGUUGGUCAUACAUUGGAAGGCGGGAAUCUCAUAAUGGCGUACAAGCAUUAUCAGCGGCACCCAACUGUAUGGUUAAUGAAGGGUCCCUGCUCCAUGAACUUGGCCAUGUCAUCGGCUUUUGGCACGAGCAAUCUCGGCCCGAUAGAGACAGCCAUGUCAACGUUGAUAAGAAUGCCAUAGAGGAAGGAAGGUUAUACAAUUUCUACAAGAGCAGCUGGCAGUAUGUGGAUACGAAAAAUGUCAGCUACGAUGUCAGCUCAAUAAUGCAUUAUUCCGCCACUGCCUUUGCGGCAGUACAGGGUGGUGGUACGUAUGUCCAGCCGACCCUUAUUGCCAGGGAUGUCCGACUCCAACGUGCACUUGGUCAGCGACAAGAAUUCUCUUUCUAUGAUGCCAAACUUGCCAACUUGGCAUACUGUCGUGAUGUGUGUGACCCUACACUUCUGGCCAAACCUUGUCUCCACGAUGGCUAUCAGGAUCCUAAGAACUGUUCUAGAUGUCGCUGCGCGGAUGGUCUAGGGGGAGACUACUGCGAGGAAGUUCAGCUACAUCCACACAGUGCAGCAAAAAGUGGGGAAAUUUUCGUUUCGGACAAACCCGUCAAGAUAUCAGCUUAUGCCACAAGUGAUUACAGGAAAGGAACCAAACUGUCAUGGCUCUUCAAAACUGAGCAAAAUAAACAGAUCAAACUGAAAUUCAAGGGAGAUUUUAUGAUGUAUUACAACUGUACCGAUGACCCUAAUGUAAAAUGUAGGGACUAUGUUGAAACUCGCUACUAUCACAAUUUGGCCAAUCCCGGGGCAAGAUUCUGUUGCUUCAAUAAAAAUGAUAAAGCAUCGCCCAUCUUGUCUGAAGGAAAUCAAAUGUUAGUUUUGAUGCGUGCAUUUGGAGAUGGGAAAAGAGGAUUCGAAGCCGAGAUAGUUUCAGAGUAUUGCGGUGGAUUUGGUCCUAGCAGUGAACAAACUAAGACUUAUAUGCCGUGCUCCCGUCUGGUCAACGAGCCGUGCGAACAGGUGUGGGAACAGGAAGAGGAAGUUGCGUGUAAAACCUGGUACACAUGGGCACCUGACUGCAAAACAGAAACGAUUGUGAAGAAGUCAAGGCCUGCACUUUGUCCGCGAUCCGAAUAUUACUGUGCCGAUAACUUCUACUUUGAUGGUCAACUCUGUGUUGGAAAAACCACAACAUUCACACCAUCCUCCUCCAGUUCGAUGCAUUCGGUUACUGCUAGCAACAAUCCACAGUCUUCCACUAGCAGCAUCCUCAAUGACGCUGUUGGCUGGACAUCCUGGUCUUCCUGGAGCGCAUGCAGCGCCACCUGUGGAGGAUGUGGAGUGCAGACAAGGGAGAGAACUUGUGAAGAUCCACAGCUUUGUGGGGGUAAGACGCAUGGAUCGGAAGUGAAAGCAUGUGGUCAGGAACCAUGUGACAAAGACAAGAUAUCCAAUAAAUGUACCCGCGUGGUAGAGAAAAAACAACUCUGCAGCCCGCUAUCCAUGGAUAUUUGUACAACGACAUAUACAGAGACGUACGAUUGUUUUGGUACAUGUUGUGCUAAUUACAAAAUUGAGGAGGACACAUAUCUAUUGCCAUCUUACAUACAAGCUACACACGUGGCUAUUGAAUUGGAGAAGUCAAACAAUAAUAAGGUUGACAAACCAAUAGGUGUCCAUGAUGAUGAUGCUCAUUUAUAUAAAGCUGUUCACGUUAAAAAGAAGGAGAUGUUCAGGUGCUUAGAAACUAAGAAACUCAUUCCAUUUUCCUGGCUUAAUGACAAUUAUUGUGACUGUGAAGAUUCGAGUGAUGAACCAGGCACUGCCGCUUGUCCCAGAGGAAGAUUCUACUGCACCAAUCAGCUACCCAAUCAGAAAGCUGUCAGUCUGCCCAGCAGCCGAGUGAAUGACGGAAUCUGUGACUGUUGUGAUGGCAGUGAUGAAUGGUCAGGGGAAGCUCCUCCACAAUGGAUGCGACACAAAGAGGUGAAUCCAGGAUUUGAAAUCAUAAGGGGCGCCAGUUUUAGGCAGGGGGUCUGGGGAUUGCCUUUCGGCUCCCGGUGGGUCCAGGACAAAGCCCUGGUAGGGUCCCAGUUUGUGAAGUCAUUGGAACCUCCUGGAUUCUACAGACUUUGUAGUGUAAAAAUGAAGUCAUCAUAA